AUGCCUCAAGCCAUCGCGAAUGUGGGCCUUCACUACUUGGAGCAUCCAGGUGGACCAGACAGCGUCUUCGAGAAGCUAGGGGGUCAGGAGGCACUUGUAAAGUUCGUGGAUGGCUUCUACAACAUGAUGGCAUCGGACAAGGACAUGAAGAAGUUUUUUGAGAACAGGAACCUGGUGCAUUUAAAGAAACGAACGGUCGACUACCUCGGCGGUCUUUGGGGGGGACAGGCCUACAGAGGGCCAGACCUGUUCCUGGCGCACACAGGCUUGGGCGUCACAGUGAAGAUUUUUGAACUGAUGAUGAAGUGCGUCGAGAAGCAGUUAAAAGUGAUGAAGGUUGACAAAGCCUUGGCGAAACAGAUCGUCAGCGACAUCACGAGUAUGAAGGAGCCGCUGUGCGAUCCUACAGGUAAGCUGGCCAAGGCGCAGCUGCUGCGAGAGCUGCCCAACGAAUGGCGAGUCGCGUACCUGUUCUUCGCCUUGGCCCUCAUGCUCGUACUGGGCACAGGUCUGAUGAUCAACCCAGCUACCAUCUCGACCUUCGUGGACUCUGUGGGCGUCGACCAGCAGCCUGUCGCGCAGACGUACCUUCCGCUGGUUCUUUUCCCCAUCCUCUUUCUGUACAACUUCCUUUGGGCGGCUCUCCGAAGUCCUCAGCUUUUGGUCGCUGUGGUUUGCACCGUCUACUGCGUGAUUUACACCUUCAUUGCCGUGCGAUCCUUGAUGCGGCCGCACAUUGAACCAUGGCUGGCCUGGGUCCUGUUUUACGCCACGAACACGAAGUCGGUCUUGUUCCCCGUGAUGCUUUGGAGCGUGAUGAACGACCUCUCCUCCACUCAGUAUUCGAAGGUGGCCUAUCCAGCUUUGGUCUUCGCCGGCCAAGUCGGGGGCCUCGCAGGCUCCUUGUACGCCACCUUUGUUCAUCGCGUCGGUGGGACCUCGGGACUCUUGGUGGUCCAGGCUGCCGCGCUGGCUCUCAUCGCAGCAUUGGUUUGGUUUGCUUGUCGGCUGGCUGCAAGGGCGAGCCCAGACCCAGUGGCGCUCGAAACCUCCCUCCAGCCGGUGGCUGGCACAGGCAUGGACGAGGCACGCGCGCCUCUCGCGGGCACGGUGCAGAGGAACGGUUGCGUGGUGGGGCUCCGCGCGGCGGUCCGCAAGUUGUGGGAAAGUGUGGAGGGCAUCGCGCUGAUCCUCUCCCGUCCCUUCGUUGCAGGAAUCUUCUGGAUCGCUUGCGCCCAUCUCGUACCUCGCGUCAUUCUGGACUACCAGGGCACCGCUCUAACAAAUGAGCGCUGGCCGCGGAAAGUAGAUGGCCACACGGUGCCUGGCAACAAGGACCGGCAGACGGCAUUCUUUGCGUGGUGCAACGUCGCCAACACCAUCGGGACGGGCUUGCUGUCGAUGUUCGGCCUUCGUAGUCUCAUCGAGCGCGGGGGGCUUCUGCUGACGCUCUUGGCCCUACCCAUCGCUAUGGUGAUUUCCGUGCUUCUCGUGUGCUUUUACCACAACUUCUGGACCGUGCAAGCGGUCUUGGUGGUGGUCAACGUGAUCCAGUACGCCCUGAAUGGGCCCAGCAGGGAGAUGCUCUACGUCCGCACCUCGAAGAGCAUCAAGUACAAGGCUAAGAGCUGGUCCGACAUGUACGGCAACUUCCUGCAGAAGACCAUUGGGGCCUUGAUCAACCUCCAUGUCAAUCGUGAGGAGGAGGCCUGUCAGCCGAAUUGCUUCAACCCGAUUUUCACCGGCAGCUUUACCGUCGGCUGGGUGGUUGUUUGGGCCAUCAUCGCAGGCCUCCUGGGGGUCAAGCAUGCUCAGCUUGUCCGUGAUGAUGAGGUUGUGAGCUGA